AUGUCCACACCUGAGCAACGUUUUUGGUUGGCGGCCUUGCUGUUGCUCUUGACUCCGCAUUCCGGAGUUCGCGGAUUCGGAAUAAAUCUGAUGAAGGUUCAAACCGAGGAUAAAGGACAGGAGGCUUGCGUCCUGGCAUUGCUGCGGAAGUAUUUCGAUUCUGGUGAUGGACUCUCGGGCUCAGUACUGUGCUUCAAUCGCAACUAUCAGUUGCCCAUUAUCGAAGAGCAGUUACUCAGAGGAAUGAACAAUUACGAGAAUUAUCCUUGGAGCCUUUUGAUAACGAAUUCCAGGGAGGGCCCUUCACCAGCGAAGUUUCUUAUGAACGAGAAGCCACAGUGCUAUUUCCUCAUUGUGGAUAACCUGGAGGAUGAGGACCUAGAUGAGGUGUUUGAGCAUUGGAAAGGUAUGGUGAACUGGAAUCCCCUGGCACAAUUCGUCGUCUAUUUGGCCAGCUUGGAGGAAACGGACGAGGAGAUGACCGACCUAAUGGUGGAACUUCUUCUUACAUUUAUAAACAAGAAGAUCUUCAACGUGAAUGUUAUAGGGCAGAGCGAGGAAAACCAAUUUUACUACGGCAAAACAGUUUUUCCCUACCAUCCGGACAAUAAUUGUGGUAAUCGCGUGAUAUCUGUGGAAUUACUAGAUGCCUGUGAUUAUCCGACUGAAGAAACGGAGAGCGAGGAUGAAAAUGAUGGAGAGGAGGGAGAUGGAGCUCAGGAAGAGGGAGAUGGUCCCCAGGAGGAAGAAAAUGGAGACCAGGAGGAGGAAGAUGGACACCAAGGGCAGGAAAAUGGAGGCCAGGAGGAGGAAGAUGAAGGCCAGGAGAAUGAUGACGGAGGCCCGGAGAACAAGGUAGAAAAUGAAUUCCCUAUUGGGGUUAAUGAUGAUGAUGAACUUGAGAAUGAUUUGAGUUCCAAUUCCUCCGAGCCAGAAGCUAUUAUCGAGGAAUUUUUUCGGGCCAAGUUCGAGGAUAAAUUCCCACGCGACCUCAGUGGAUGUCCUCUCACAGCAUCCUUUCGUCCAUGGGAACCAUAUAUUUUUCGCAGCAGCGAGGAGCAACCCGUUGAUGACUACUACUACGGUUUGCAAGGGGAUGGAGAGGACUACAAUGAUACUUCUCCCAAUUAUGGCGAAUCGGAGGACGAAAGCUAUGCUGAUCCAGGGGAGGACGGUGAUGGAGGCAUCCCAGACACAGAAACUCCGUCCGGUGGAAAGCUCAAGUUGAGUGGAAUCGAGUACGAAAUGGUGCAGACCAUCGCCGAGCUUCUGCACGUUAGCAUCGAAAUGCAGGGCGAAAACAGCAAUUUGUACCACCUUUUUCAGCAACUGAUCGAUGGUGAAAUAGAAAUGAUAGUCGGUGGAAUAGAUGAGGAUCCGAGCAUCAGUCAGUUCGUUUCCAGUUCCAUUCCUUAUCACCAGGACGAACUCACAUGGUGUGUGGCCAGGGCCAAGCGGAGGCAUGGAUUCUUCAAUUUCGUGGCCACUUUCAAUGCGGAUGCUGGCUUCCUGAUCGGAAUCUUUGUGGUCACAUGCUCUCUGGUUGUUUGGCUGGCUCAACGCGUAUCAGGCUUUCAAUUACGGAAUCUCAAUGGAUAUUUCCCCACCUGCUUGAGGGUGUUGGGAAUCUUGCUUAACCAGGCCAUUCCGGCACAGGAUUUUCCAAUUACCUUAAGGCAAUUGUUUGCGCUUUCUUUUCUAAUGGGAUUCUUCUUUAGCAACACAUAUCAGAGUUUUCUGAUCAGCACACUGACAACUCCACGUAGUUCCUAUCAGAUUCACACUCUGCAAGAGAUCUAUAGCAAUAAAAUGACCGUGAUGGGCACCUCCGAUCAUGUCAGACACCUGAACAAGGAUGGGGAGAUCUUCAAGUACAUACGCGAAAAGUUUCAGAUGUGCUACAAUUUAGUGGACUGCCUCAAUGAUGCAGCUCAAAACGAACAUAUCGCCGUUGCUGUUUCCAGGCAGCACUCUUUCUACAAUCCGCGAAUCCAACGAGAUCGUCUUUACUGCUUCGAUCGCCGAGAAUCUCUUUAUGUCUACUUGGUUACCAUGCUACUGCCGAAGAAGUACCAUCUGCUGCACCAGAUAAACCCUGUGGUUCAGCAUAUCAUCGAAUCGGGUCAUAUGCAAAAGUGGGCUCGUGAUUUGGACAUGCGACGCAUGAUCCACGAGGAGAUAACUAGGGUGCGAGAGGAUCCUUUCAAGGCUCUCACCUUUGAUCAGUUUCGCGGAGCCAUCGCAUUUUCCGGGGGACUUUUGUUGGUUGCCACCUGCGUUUUUGCCUUCGAGUUGUGCUACGUUAAAUAUGUUUAUCGAUCUGAAAAAAUGGAAAGAAAAACGAAAACCAAGAAAAAAGUACAUAAUAUCAAAAUUCAACAUUAUUAG